AUGACAAUGUCUUGGGCUGAUGAUGUUGCUGAUGGAACUUCUAGGUCUUCUCGUCCUACCCGGGCUAAUUAUGUCCCUCCUCAUCUCAGAAACAAUCCUAUGGCGUCUCCUGAUUCUUCUUCCUUUCCGUUUCCUGAUGAGUCGUCAUACCCUGGUUAUCAUUUGAAACAUUCUGGUGGCAGAGAAUUCGGGAGGUCUUCUAGGGGUCGAUGGGGAGAUCGACGGAGGGUACCGCGUCAGCCAAACCCAUUUGAUGUUGCUGAUAAGUUUGCUGGAUUGGGGAUUACGGAGGAAGAAAGUAAUGGUGAUGGUGAGGGGAUCAAUUUCGAAGCCUAUGAGGACAUUCCCGUUGAGACCAGUGGAUUGGACGUGCCCUUACCUGUUAGUACGUUUGCAGAGAUCGAUCUGGGGAAAGCCCUUACUGAGAACAUUAUGAGGUGCAGAUACGUCAAGCCAACGCCAGUUCAACGCCACGCUAUCCCCAUUUCCAUUGCUGGGCGGGACUUGAUGGCUUGUGCGCAGACGGGUUCGGGGAAGACGGCUGCAUUCUGUUUCCCAAUUAUCAGUGGGAUUAUGAAGAACCAGUUGCAUCAGCAACAUCGCUUGCCUUCGCGUGGCUCACGAACUGCUUAUCCCAAUGCUUUGAUUCUCUCCCCGACCAGGGAGUUGUCUUGCCAGCAGCAACUUUUGGAGGAGAACUAUGCUUCUUUUUACACGUGA